UCAAAACAAUACCAUGAAGGAAUUAGUAUUUUUUAUUCUUUCAUCAUUAAUAGUACUUUCAAAAUCACUUUUCAUUCCAAAUGGACAACCGGAUACCUUAUUAAAUGUUAAUUCACCAUCAAAAUUAAGUCAAUUUAUUUCACCAUUAACAAACGGGGGUGAUUUGGAUACAGCUGAAAGUCUUUUUAGAAAUACAUAUAGCGGAUGGCGUUAUGGAUCUAGUAACAGUUAUGGAAAUUACAUACCUGGUAGUUAUACACAAUAUGGUAUACCAAUUGGUCAAAGCAGUUUAAAUUUACCAUCAGUUAAUGAUUGGAAUAGUUACGGCUCAUGGCCAGGAUCUUAUGGUGGUGGUGAUACUGGUGGAUAUGCCCGACCUGGAUGGAGAGGAUAAUUCUUAGUCGGGAAACAAUUUUAUUUAUGUAAAUUUUAUCAGAAAAUUUGUAUUUUUUAAGUAC